GUAUUUUCCUCACUUCUCAGCUCGGGGGAUUCUCAAGUCUUCCCGGAAAACUGUGAUAAGAAAUCCAAGUGUUCAUCCGCACACUUCUUCUGCAUUUUCCGCUAUUCUUCCAGCCACAGUGGCGCUCUUGGCCAUGAACGAGUCCGGGGAGGGCAGUUCUGACAGUUCCAGUUCAAGCAGCACCGGAUCCGAAGCUGAGGAGUGCUUCCUGCGCUCCUGCCGGAAUGGGGACCUGAGCAUGGUGCGGAACAUGCUGGAGAAGAGGGACGCCGGGCAGUACUGCUUUGACAUUAGCUGCAAAGGGCAGUCGAAGAGCAACCUGGGCUGGACUCCUCUGCACUUGGCCACAUACUUUGGCCACCGCGAGGUGAUGGAGAUCCUGCUGGCCAGGAAUGCUGAUAUAAAUGCUGUGAAUGAUGCCGGGGACACGCCUCUGCACAAGGCGGCCUUCAUAGGGCGGGAGGAUCUCGUGAUGCUCCUGCUGCAGUUCAAUGCGAAUGUGAACAUAAUCAAUGGCGAGGGAAGGCUUCCCAGAGACAUGACACCCUCCAAUGAGGCUGGCCAGGAGAUUGCAAAGCUCCUGCGCGCUGCUGAGGCUACGGAACAACUGAGAAAGGAAGGAAAGCUUCUGACAGCCUCUCGGGAGGGAAACAUUGAGCUUCUUAGCGGUUUGUUGAAGGACGAAAAUCCACCCAACAUCAACUGUGUUGACGCCCAGGGAAACUCCUGUUUGCAUUGCGCUGCAUACAGAGGUCACAAGGAGACAGCAGUGCUGCUCUUGCAGAAUGGAAUUGACACCAGCAUUCGAAAUAAUAGAGGCCAAUUGGCGCUGGAUCUGGCCAGAGACGCUCAGACGUUGCAGGUGCUAAGUGUGAAGGCAGUGAGAAAGGUGCAGAAGACGGCCAAUCGAUACGAGGGGCCAUUGCUGAAGAGAUCUCGCUUCCUAGGGUGGAAGCCCGUAUGGGCUGUUCUCGAGCGAGGUGUGUUGAAUUACUACGCCUCCAGGGCGGACUCUACAGUGAGUGCUAACAAAAGGCGGGAUUACAAGUAUCUGGACAGUGCUAGAGUGACUCCACUCACCGCUGAUCUCUCCUCCUUUGUUGUGCACUUCAAUGAUGGUGCUGUUCAUCGGUUGAGCGUGAUAAACAAUGGCGAUCCGCCUCAAGUAGCCAGACAGAAAUGGAUGAACGCUUUCAAUGAGCACUCAGCCUACAGCUCGCACUAUCUUUGGGGGAACAACCGGAGGAAGUCUGAUAGCGACGAGGAGUUCAGCAGCAUAGGAGGGAAGCCGCUGGGAUGCAUGGCAGACGCUUUGGCAUCGGCCACAGCCAGUUUUGAAGUGCUUCAGCGACAACUGGGAGAAUGUGCAAUGCUAGUCGAGGCGCUACAGAAGAGCCUGGAGACCACAGAUUCCUCAGCAUCGCUGCCCAUGUCGGCGAUGAUGGUAAAUCAAGCUCUGUGCUUUUUGCGCUUUCAGUUGGUCUCCGAGACGGCGGCUAAUAUGUUGUCUUCCCUGCAACACUGCUUGACGCUCUUUCACCAGCAAGAGGACAUCCGUGUGAUUCAGCUGAAGCAGGAGCAGGAGAAGUGCCGCGUUCUCGAAGAGGCGCUCAAUGUGUUGGCAAAGGAGCAUCACGAACUUGAGCAAUCUGUGGCGAGUCACAUCUCAGAAACUGGGACGUUUCCGCGUAGUCUGAGCCACAAGAGCCCCCGGAUUUACGACACGGAUGACGAUGAGUUCUUUGAUGCCUUCGAAGCGGACUCUGACACAGACACACUCGUCACAGCGGAGUCUCUCUUCAAUUCACCGAGUGGCUCUAUUCAGGACUUGGCUGUGACACACUCCAGGACUUCGUACACGCGCUCCGGGAGGCAUUUGUUGUCGUCAGAGAGACGCCGGCGUGGCUCUAAUGAGAGCAACUCUUCGUCCGGGAGCAGCGAUACGCUCGUGGACGGAGUCUCGAUUGCUUCCUCGUGCGGGACGCUCUUCAGUCAAGGCGGAGAUGCUUAUCGAUGUGCCAGGGAUGAGUUUAUCUACGAGAGACCGACUUCUAGUGAGAGGAAGGCGGUGAAGCGGAGAAAGAGUGACGAGGAGAUGAGAAGCAGUGGCUUUAGACAGAGGCAAUUCCUGCCAGUGCCCAUGUUUUCGCGCAACGACUUCAGCAUCUGGUCUGUGCUGAAGAACUGCAUCGGGAAGGAGUUGAGCAAGAUCACCAUGCCGGUGAUCUUCAACGAGCCGCUGAGCUUCCUACAACGAAUCACGGAGCACAUGGAGUACGCUAGACUGCUUCACGUGGCCGCCAGGCAGGAGGACACUGUGGACAGACUCAAGUACGUGGCGGCUUUCGCCAUUUCCGCCCUGGCGUCUAACUGGGAUCGUCUGGGGAAGCCCUUCAAUCCCCUUCUGGGCGAAACCUACGAACUUCAGCGUCCGGAGUAUCGCGUGGUGUGUGAGCAGGUGUCCCAUCAUCCACCAGUCACGGCUUUUCACGCUGAGUCCGGAGACUUUAUCGUGCACGGAUCAGUUCAUCCGAAGCUCAAGUUCUGGGGAAAGAGCGUGGAGAUUCAACCCAAGGGUUGUGUCACCGUUGAGUUUCCGAAAUCUGGAGACGCUUUCACGUGGUCCGGAGUGAAUUGCUGCGUGCACAACAUCAUUGUGGGGAAGCUCUGGAUGGAGCACUACGGCACGAUGGAGAUCACGAGUCAUCGAACAGGACACAGGGCUGUGGUGACACUCAAACCUGCCGGAUGGGCUUCCAAGGAUCUCCAUCGUGUUGAAGGCUACAUCAUUGACAAGAACAAAAAGAAGCUCUUCUUCAUCUACGGUAAGUGGACAGAGUUUCUCAAGUGUACGGAUCAGGCGUCGUAUGAGGAGUACUUCAAGGAGAAUGCCCAUAAGUUCAAGAGGGGCGACGAGAGGAGUCGCAGCCCCAAUGAAUCUCCCGCCCAUACGCCUAGGAAGGUUCUGUCGAAGCUCAACAGUCUCAAGAUGUCGUCUUUCAAGAGUCUCUCAGUUCAAGAAUCUGAUGACAUUCCUGAGCCUCCUGAUGGAGAGAUUCCGAAGUGUGACUCCACUUACUCAAUAGACAUUCCCAACUCUCUGACCCUCUGGGAAGCUGAUGCGAGGCCUGAGAAUGCCGCUGAGUACUAUCAAUUCACUCUCUUUGCGAUGGGACUCAACGAGUUGGAGCCGGGCAUGAAGCCUCCAGUGACGCUUUGUCCCACGGAUUCGCGUCUCAGGCCGGAUAUCAGGAAACUGGAGGAGGGAGAUAUUGACGGAGCGGCGGCGGAGAAGACGCGCCUUGAGGAGAAGCAACGAGACGCCAGGAAGGCGAGGAAAGGAAAGAAGGCGGAGGAAUGGAUGCCCAAGUGGUUCACCAGCGGACUCAAUCCGCACAACAAAGUGGAGGAUUGGCUGUACAGCGGCGGAUACUGGGAUCGGAACUACGACUCUCUCCUGGACCCGGAUAUUUUCUAAAGAGGAAGCAAACACGUAAAGACACACAUCUUCACAGGAAUGAUAUUUCCAGCCGUUUGGGAAAAUUCAAAAGACACAUCAAGACGUUUUUUCUAUUACUUAAGAGACAUUUUAUGGGAGAAGUGAUGAAAAUGCUGUAUAUUUUUGUAUUGGAGGGACAGUUUUAGGGAGAUUUAUUUCAAUCUUUGUCUUCAACACGAACCUUCAGUCGCCAGUCGCUUCCUGGAGCAGAAAAUCACACACAUUCACACACAAAAUUGUUGAAAACCCACGAAAAUAUAACUGUCUAGAGAAAUAGUCUUGAGCAGUAGAUCUCAGCUGGCUUCGCUAGGACGUCCGGUUGUGGUUGAAAAUGUAGGCAAUUUAGGUGUUUAUUUGAGCAAAAGUUCACAGAACUGUUCUUUUUUUGUGAUGUGCCAAAGAUUUUGGAGAAAAUAGGUGAAAAAAAAACACUAUAAAACUAUGAAUAUGAGGCUUUUAGCUCUGCAUGUAUAGACUUAGAAGACAGAGAAGUGAGAUUGUAAAUUAAUAAUUCCAUUAAAUUAGGAUGAGAACGAUAAAAUGUACUUAGAAAUCAUUCCAAAGAUAUUUGCCAUAUCUUUUCUUCAGCUUUUUGUCAAUUAUUAAAAAUCAAAUGAUUUUUUUUAUUUAGGAAAGUAUAAUCUCGUCAAUCUCGUACAAUUUUAUUUUUGAAAUAUAUAUAUUAUAUAAAGUUUUCGUCUUGUACUUUGUUUGGAUUUAUGGGGCAAUCUUGAGGAGAAGAAAUUCAGUAAAUAAAUGGUGUGAAUUAAAAAACAAA